UUCAGGAGGCGCCUGCGCGAAGAGGCUCUUUUCGUGCCACUGCCUACUUCCCCUCCCCCGGUCUCUAGUUCGCGUCAUGGCUGCCGCCGCCACUCUGGAGACGGCGGCGCCUAGGGGCGCCCUGUGGGGCCUCGUGCAAGACUUUGUCAUGGGUCAGCAGGAGGGCUCCGCUGACCAGGUGGCUGCAGAUGUGAAAUCCGGCAGCUAUACGGUGUUACAAGUUGUGGAAGCCCUUGGGUCGUCUCUAGAGAAUCCAGAACCCCGAACUCGGGCACGAGGAAUCCAGCUUUUGUCACAGGUGCUACUCCAGUGUCACUCCUUGCUCCUGGAAAAGGAAGUGAUACACCUGAUCCUGUUCUAUGAGAACCGGCUGAAGGACCAUCAUCUUGUGAUCCCAUCUGUUCUGCAGGGUUUGAGGGCCCUUAGCCUGUGUGUGGCCCUGCCCCCAGGGCUGGCUGUUUCUGUGCUUAAAGCCAUCUUCCAGGAAGUACACGUACAGUCCCUGCCGCAGGUGGACCGACACACAGUCUACAAUAUCAUCACCAAUUUCAUGCGAACUCGGGAAGAAGAGCUGAAGGGCCUAGGAGCUGACUUCACCUUUGGCUUCAUCCAGGUGAUGGAUGGGGAAAAGGAUCCCCGUAAUCUUCUGGUGGCCUUCCAGAUCGUCCAUGACCUCAUUUCUAGGGACUAUAGCCUGGGGCCCUUUGUGGAAGAGUUAUUUGAAGUGACAUCCUGUUAUUUCCCUAUUGAUUUUACUCCCCCACCUAAUGAUCCCCAUGGUAUCCAGAGAGAAGAUCUCAUUCUAAGUCUUCGAGCUGUGCUGGCUUCUACACCACGAUUUGCAGAGUUCUUGCUGCCCCUAUUGAUUGAAAAGGUGGAUUCUGAGAUUCUGAGUGCUAAGUUGGAUUCUCUGCAGACUCUGAAUGCUUGUUGUUCUGGGUAUGGCCAGAAGGAACUGAAGGACUUCCUCCCCAGUCUUUGGUCUUCUAUUCGUAGAGAGGUGUUCCAGACAGCAAGUGAGCGGGUGGAGACAGAGGGCCUGGCAGCCCUCCACUCCCUGACUGCGUGUUUGUCUCGCUCUGUGCUGAGGGCUGAUGCUGAGGACCUCCUUGACUCCUUCCUUAGCAGCAUCCUACAGGACUGCAGGCACCAUGUGUGUGAACCGGACAUGAAACUCGUGUGGCCUAGUGCCAAACUGUUGCAGGCAGCUGCAGGUGCAUCUGCCCGAGCCUUUGACCACAUCACUAGCAACAUAUUGCCUUUACUGCUGGAACAGUUCCACAAGCACAGUCAGAGCAACCAGCGGCGGACAAUCCUUGAAAUGAUCCUAGGUUUCUUGAAGCUGCAGCAGAAAUGGAGCUAUGAAGACAAAGAUCAAAGGCCUCUGAGUGGCUUCAAGGAUCAGCUGUGCUCACUGGUAUUCAUGGCCCUCAUAGACCCCAGUACCCAACUUCAGCUUGUUGGCAUCCGUACACUCACAGUUUUGGGUGCACAACCAGAUCUCCUAUCUUCUGGAGACUUGGAGCUGGCUGUGGGUCACCUAUACAGACUGAGCUUUGUGGAGGAGGAUUCCCAGAGUUGCAGGAUGGCAGCACUGGAAGCAGCAGGAGCCUUGGCCACUCUCUACCCUGUGGCCUUCAGCAGCCACCUAGUACCCAAGCUUGCUGAGGAGCUACGCAUAGGGGAAUCAGAUUUGACUAGAGGGGAUGGGCCCACCAAGUGCUCCCGGCAUCUGCGCUGUAUGCAAGCCUUGUCAGCUGUAUCAACACAUCCCAGCCUUGUUAAGGAGACCCUGCCUCUGCUGCUGCAGCAUCUCUGGCAGGUGAACAAAGGGAAUAUGGUUGCACAGUCCAGUGAAGUUAUUGCUGUUUGUCAAAGUCUCCAACAGGUGGCAGAAAAAUGUCAGCAGGACCUGGAAAGUUGCUGGUAUUUCCACCAGACAGCCAUACCUUGUCUGCUUGCCUUGGCUGUGCAGGCUUCCAUGCCAGGUAACUUGCCCCCUUUCCCCCUUCCCAGCUUCUAGGAAUUCUGCCUCCCUUUAGUGUUGACCGGCACUGCCACCCUGUGGAUAUUGCUAUCUUAUCUCCUUGAUAAUACUUAUUACUCUGCCCCCAGGUUAGCUGCCCAGAGUGUCGCCCGCAUUGUGCCCCUCUUCUUGGAUGGCAACGUCUCCUUUCUGCCUGAAAACAGCUUCCCAAGCAGAUUCCAGCCAUUCCAGGAUGGCCCCUCGGGGCAGAGGCGGCUGGUUGCUCUGCUUAUGGCCUUUGUCUGCUCCUUGCCUCGAAAUGUAGAAAUCCCUCAGCUGAAUCAACUCAUGCGGGAACUUUUGGAGCUAAGCUGCUGCCAUGGCUGUUCCUUCUCCUCCAGCGCUGCUGCCAAGUGCUUUGCAGGACUCCUCAACAAGCACCCUGCAGGACAGCAGCUUGAUGAAUUCCUACAGCUGGCUGUGGACAAGGUGGAAGCUGGCCUGGGCUCUGAGCCUUACCGUAGUCAAGCCUUCACAUUGCUUCUCUGGGUAACAAAGGCCUUAGUGCUUAGAUACCAUCCUCUCAGCUCCUGCCUUACAGCCCAGCUCAUGGGCCUCCUGAGUGAUCCAGAACUAGGCCCAGCAGCUGCUGAUGGGUUCUCUCUGCUCAUGUCUGACUGUACUGAUGUGUUGACUCGUGCUGCCCAUGCUGAAGUGCGGAUCAUGUUCCGCCAACGGUUCUUCACAGAUAAUGUGCCUGCUUUGGUCCAGGGCUUCCAUGCUGCUCCUCAAGAUGUGAAGCCAAACUACCUAAAGGGUCUCUCUCAUGUACUUAACAGGCUGCCCAAGCCUGUGCUCUUGCCAGAGCUGCCCACGCUGCUUUCCUUGCUGCUGGAGGCCCUAUCCUGCCCUGACUGUGUGGUACAGCUCUCCACCCUCAGCUGCCUUCAGCCUCUUCUACUCGAAGCACCCCAAGUCAUGAGUCUUCACGUUGACACCCUCGUCACCAAGUUUCUGAACCUCAGCUCUAGCCCUUCCAUGGCUGUCCGGAUUGCUGCACUGCAGUGUAUGCAUGCUCUCACUCGCCUGCCCACCCCUGUGCUGCUCCCGUACAAACCACAGGUGAUCCGGGCCUUAGCCAAACCCCUGGAUGACAAGAAGAGACUGGUGCGCAAGGAAGCAGUGUCAGCCAGGGGAGAGUGGUUUCUGCUGGGGAGCCCUGGUAGCUGAGUCCCCUUGGUCCUGGCUUUGACUGUUCUAACAGACAAUCUUACCUGGAAUUACUAUCGAGCCAUUUUGCCCAUGGCAGGGAGACUAUUGGCUUCUGACUGCCUUUCCCACAGACAGCACAAGUGCUGGGCCUCUGUCGUGUGGCUGUAUGAGAAACAUGGGAGUUCUGAUUUCUCAUGGAUUAUGAGACUACUUAUGUUUGAAGAGAGAUUUAGGGUCGUGGGGGCUCUUCCAUUUGUAUGUCAGAGUAAGGGAGAUAUGCUGCUGAGGGCUGAAUGCAGAUGAGUUUGGCCCUGAGAGUCAGGGAUGGCACACGUGUGUACCUACUGAAAAAUAAAGAUUUCUUUUGGUAA